AUGCCCAAAGAAAUGAAACGCAAACGCGAAAACGGCGAAGACAAGCCCAGGAAGAAGAAGUCUCUGGACAAGGCAGAAGACGUUCCAGUCGACACAUCAAAGCCAUCAGCCGUCUUCCAACCGUCAGGCGGCCGUUCAUUCACACUCUCUAUUGCUCUAGCAGGAAGCGUUAUUGCCAAUGCCAAAUCUCACGACCAGAAAAACUUCCUAGCCGGCCAAAUUGCCCGAGCAUUGGCAGUUUUCUGUGUCGAUGAAGUGGUCAUCUUCGACGACGAGGAUGAGCGGACGCAGAAGAACCGCCCUGCCGUUGCAGGGAAUGACUAUACAGCAUUCUCACAUCCAGACCACUUUCUAGCCCAUGUACUAUCCUAUCUCGAAACACCGCCUCACUUACGCAAAUCACUCUUCCCAAUGCAUCCUAAUCUACGAACGGCUGGGACACUGCCAAGUCUAGAUAUGCCUCACCACCUGCGUGCCAACGAAUGGUGCGAAUACCGCGAAGGCGUCACCCAAGCAUCUCGUCCAAACGGAGACGGGACUCAUAUAGACGUCGGCCUACCAGACCUGGUUAAGGUCGCCGACGACAUUCCAGCGGGGACUCGUGUUACUGUGCGCCUGACUGAUGACGCCUUGGCUGAGACUGUCGCUCCCAGCGCUCCCCGGGAAGACAAGGGUUACUACUGGGGCUUCGCUGUAAGACAGUGUAACAGUUUGUCGAAUGUCUUGACCGAGUGUCCCUUCGACGGAGGGUACGAUGUUACGAUUGGGACGUCCGAGCGAGGUGCACCUUUGACUCAAGUGAUGAUGGAGCCCAGGUUCUUAAAGCCUGCUGAACUCAACUUCCAGCACGUCCUUCUCGUGUUUGGCGGUGUCGCGGGCUUAGAGAAGGCCACAAAAAGUGAUAAUGAGUUGCAAAAGAUGGGCAUCACAGAAAAGAAUGUGAACGAAUUAUUCGACGCUUGGGUCAAUGUCUUGCCAGGUCAAGGAAGCCGAACCAUCAGGACCGAGGAGGCUGUUUGGCUUGGACUUAUGGGUAUCAGACCGUUCGUUGAACGGCUGGGUGCGCAAGGACGAUGA